AUGGCGGCUACAUCUGGAACGGGCUCAGUUCCGGCACCGAGCGCCAUGCAGCAGACGGAGGAUGUCUCGAUCGCCCAGAGGAUGGUUUCGGCCACCAUCGGCAGUUUCCUCACGAAUAUUCUAGUUACACCUCUUGAUGUCGUUCGAGUUCGUCUACAGUCUCAGUCGCUGGUCAAAAACACAUCGCCCUUCAACUCACACACACUGCAAACCCUGAAGAACGCUCCCCCCAAUCUUGGAGUAACAGCUUGCUGUCGAGAAGUUUUUUGGAUUGGCCAAAAUUCUCAGAUAUGUAUGGUCGGACCUGAGGCCGGGGCUUUGGGGGCUACAUCGGUGGCGGAUUGCGCCGUGGAAGAAACGCAGCGCAAGACGUUUACAUCGACCUUGGACGGAUUGCGGAAGAUCGCACGGAAUGAGGGUGUGCUCACCCUCUGGCGCGGGCUUAGUCCUACGUUGAUGAUGAGCAUUCCAGGGAACAUCAUCUACUUCGCUGGAUACGACUGGCUGCGGACCGAUGACAGGAGCCUGAUCAAGCGGUGGUUUCCUGACGCCUACGCUCCUUUCGUUGCAGGCUCCGUUGCCAGAACCACAGCAGCAUCUCUAAUCAGUCCCAUCGAGAUGUUCCGAACACGUCUGCAAGCUACUCCUGGCACUGGGGCGGGUCAUUUCAAGGCUACCCUAGAGGGUCUUUACCAUAUGGCUCAAACGCAAGGUUACAGUUCGCUAUGGAGAGGGUUGACGCUUACCAUGUGGCGUGAUGUGCCCUUCUCUGGUCUCUAUUGGUGGUGCUAUGAAGAGGUCAAGAAAUAUCUCGUUGAAACGCGCAAGAGAUCCUACUUGCACGGCCUGCCACACGGGUCCUCUGCCAGCCAGCACCAUCUACACGACCUCGAUACGCCGACCUUCUUUGACAGCUUCUUCGCGGGCGCUAGCUCUGGAUCCUUGGCCGCAUUUGUCACUACUCCGUUUGACGUGGGCAAGACUCGCCAACAAGUUUUCCGACACAUGGGUGAUGUGCCAGGCUCCGCGGGCAAUGUUCCCGGCGGAGUCCUUCAUCCCGAACAGCUUCCCCUACCGAAAUUCCUGCUACACAUUUUCCGUGAGGAGGGUAUGGCAGGACUUUUCCGCGGAUGUGUUGCACGCUGCUUGAAGGUAGCACCAGCUUGCGCCAUUAUGAUCUCAACGUACGAGUUCGGCAAGAAGAUGGCACGGGGCGUCAACGAGAGGAGUCGCUCUGCAGAUGAGUGA